GCACGCAACAGUAAUGGGAGAUUGGAACAGUCUUGGAAAGCUUUUGGAAAGCGCACAGGAACACUCCACGGUGGUGGGCAAAGUCUGGCUCACCGUACUUUUCAUCUUCCGUAUCUUGGUGCUCGGUGCUGCCGCAGAGAAGGUUUGGGGUGAUGAGCAGUCCGGUUUCACCUGUGACACCAAACAACCUGGUUGUCAGAAUGUAUGUUAUGAUGUAACCUUCCCGAUCUCUCACAUCCGAUUCUGGGUGCUUCAGAUCAUCUUCGUCUCCACUCCGACACUGAUCUACCUGGGCCACAUCCUCCACCUGGUGCGCAUGGAGCAGAAACAUAAACACAGUGAGGACAGCGGGGCAGACAAACAGGUACUUUUAAGCUCCAAAGCUGGAAAAGGUCCUAUACGGGAUGAACAGGGGAAGAUCCGCCUGCAGGGAGUCUUGCUACGCACGUAUGUCUUCAACAUCAUCUUCAAAACACUGUUUGAGGUGGGCUUCAUUGUGGCACAGUACUUCCUGUAUGGAUUCGAUCUCAAGCCACUGUACACCUGCAACAGGUGGCCCUGCCCUAACACCGUCAACUGCUACAUCUCACGACCUACGGAGAAAACCAUCUUCAUCGUGUUCAUGCUGGCCGUGGCCUGUGUCUCUCUGCUGCUCAACCUGGUGGAGAUGUAUCACCUGGGUUUCACCAAGUGCCGACAGGGCCUCCGUUACCGGCGCGCUCAUUCUGUCUGCGACACGGAAUCUAAAGCACCCAGUGAGAUGGUUCAGUUUGUGCCAAGCUACCCGUAUUUUCCACCUCACGCUCCUCCUCCGGCUCCCUUUCCCGCUGAGCCGCACUUCAACCUCUCAGAACCCGAUGGAACCUUCCCACAGCAUGGCAGCCGCUCUGUUUGCAAGCAAAACCGCGAGAACAUGGCUGUAGAGCGCAGCGGAAAACCUGACGCAACGGAUGUCAAGACCAGUAAAGCAGCGAAUUCUGUCCCCGGAUCACCAGCGAGCCAGCAGCGCAGGCCCAGCCAUUCAAGUCGCUACAGCAGCAACAAGACCAGGAUGGAUGACCUCAAAAUCUAACCAGAAGGAAACGAGCCUCCAUCUCUGUUUCCGGGCUCUUCCGUUCUGAACACACAAGAGAUUCCCUCUCUCGCUCACCGGCAC